CAUUGGAAAGCUAAGAAGCAAAGUUACAAUUUAUCUUUUAGGAGCUCAACCCAAUUCAAUCAAUUUCAAGACAGAUUUCCAGUUUUGAAUGCAUGGGUUUGAUAGAAGAAAGGUUGGGCAAAUUGCGAGAGGAGAGAAAAAAAAAAAGAAGGGCUGAUGGCAUACCAGGCCUAAAAGGUUCAAAAGCCCUAGUAGAAUAUGGGCUAGAAAGAAAAAAGAAACAAUUAGGCAAUAUUAUAUAUAUACAUCUCUACGCAAGAGGAAGAGACGAUGCCAGAUUUGUUUGGAGAACUGUAGAAGGAUGCAGCUAGCCUUUGUUUUCUCUUCUUUUCUUCGGUGUUGCUUAUCAGAAUUGAAACAAAAAGGUCGCCACCUGCCCCAAGAUUGAGCCGCCUCUAUUUUCCUUCUCUUCUCUGAUGUUAUUUCACAAAAAUUUGCAGAGGAGGACAAUGUAGACGUAGACUCAACAACCUUUGUGUUUUCUUCUCUUCUCUACUAGCCUUGCUUGGGAAAAUCUGCACAGUAGCACACCAUUGACGAUGAAGUGCAAUUCGACUUUUCUCUUCAUUGGGACGGGUUUUGUUAAUUCUUAGUUUGAUUUUUACAAUGAUUCUCCGUUGGUUUUUCUUAUUAAUGGCUAUUAAGAACCUAAUUAUGUGUAGUUAAGUUUCUUGAACUAGGGUUGGAUGGAUUUUAAUUUUUGGAUUAUGUGACUGUUUUUUUGUUUAAUUCAAGAUUUAUUGGUUAUUUGCAUGAUGAGUUUAUGUUAUUGAGCUUAAUGUAUUGAGAGUCUGAUCACCUUUCAAUUGAUUUAGUGAUUUAUGCAUGAAUUUGGAAAAGAAUUGCAUAAAUUAGACCAAUAAUAGUAUAAACUGUGUGCUAGAUUAUGAGACCAAGAGGUAAUUAGCUCACAUGGGGUAGUGAAGGAAGAGAAGAGAGUUAGAAGCUCCCCCUUUUUAAGCUAGAGGUUUCCAUAGGAUUUCAUGCUCAUUACUUUGUUUAAAAUUACAUAGAGAUAUGAUUAAUUUGACAAACAAGUGAAGGAUUAGCUUGACUUGAGAAAGCUGGUCAAUUAAUUGAGGGAAAUUUG